AUGAGUGCUAAAGACAAAGAAGCGGGAUCCAGUGAAAAUUCUGCCGGUUCAGUGAUAACGAGUGAACUUGGUCAAAGCGUGCUUAGUUUAUCAAAAGUGAGAAGAGUUCGUGGUGGCCACAGGGCAUUUGUAAAGAGAACAAUACAAUCAUCUGACAAUUCAAUUGAUGAAUUUUCAAAUUCAUCGAGAGAAAUAGAGAUUUUAGAAGGUUUCAAAGCAACAUUGAGUGAGAAGAAAUCAGUCCUUAGAAAUCAUGAUGAGAAGAUCCUUGAAUUCAUUGAAAGUGAAGAAGAAAUCAUGCAUGACAUUUCUGAGUCAAGUGAAUUUUGUGAACUUAUAAACAGAACUAUUUUUAGAAUUGAGUCGUGUCUUAAUCCGAAACCUCCACAGAUUGUGCCUACGGUAGAACAUUCAAAUAGUUUACCUGCUCCUGCUAUAGACAUUAUACCUAGACCAAAUAAUCCUAAAUUGACUGCUAAGCUUCCUAAAUUGACAUUGACUUCUUAUAAUGGUGAUCCUAAAUCAUGGCAAUCAUUUUGGGACAGUUUUGAUGCUGCAGUGAAUAGUAAUGACAGUAUUUCCAAGGUUGACAAGUUUAAUUAUUUGAAGGGACUUUUAGAGGGUGCAGCCUCAUUGUGUAUAGCAGGUCUAUCUUUGACUGAACAGAACUAUGACUCAGCUGUUGAAUUAUUACUUGAACCUUUUGGUAAUAAACAGGUUAUGAUUUCUAGUUACAUGGACGCUUUGAUUGAUUUGUCUCCAGUUUCUAAUUCUAAUGAUGUUAAACGUAUUCGAUCUCUUUUUGAUUCAAUUGAAGUUAGUAUAAGGAGUCUUGGUUCUCUAGGUGUAGAUUCAAACAGUUAUGGUUCAAUAUUGGUUCCUAUAAUUUUGAAGAAAGUUCCUGAAGAGUUUAGAUUGAUUAUUAGUAGAAAGUGUGAUAAAGAUAAGUGGAGUAUUGAUGAGUUGUUGGCUUUGUUAAAAGAUGAAUUGGAAGCUAGAGAAAGAAUCAACCUAAUGAAUCCUGCGUCCAGUUCUAGUUCAACUUCCAGCCGCCCAAGUUAUUCAAGAAAACCAGAUUUUAGAUAUAAACCACAACCAACAACUGCAUCAACCCUACAUUCCAGUGCCAUGACCGCCAGCAAAGAGUUCAAAUUAAUGGAAACUUAA